UGGCGCUGCACUCCCCAUCUCUGCCUCUUCCUCCAAACUAUUCCCUAUCUGCUGCUGCUGCAUACCCGCGGCCUCGCUCUGCCGUGACACCAUCCGUAUCGCCUUCCCCUUAUACACGAGCUCCCGGCCAUCCACCUCCUUCUCCUUAUUUGCCAGGUCACGGCCGUUCCCAUCGCCGUUGUCUGUCCUCAUGAAUCCUCAACAUAUCUGAAAUUCGCAGGCAACUCGGCUGCUCUAGAUUUUCCCCAUCAGGUGUACUCACUGCUUCACUCUUACACGGAGACUGAGCAUUUGGUCCCUAAGACAUUCGAUUCUUCCGGUGUAGUAGUAGUAGUAGUACAACUUUAGCAGGUAUGGUACAGAGACAUUAUGAAUAUUUUGUGUUGUUAAUCAGUAUGUAUGUAGGCUGUGUUAGAGUGCCAUUUAUAUCCUUUGCUUCCAAGGGAAAUAAAUCCAUCCAACACAGUGUUGUGCAUAGUAGCUGAAAAAAAAAUCGCAUCUACUAUAGUUGAGCAUUUGUUCAAAGUUUCUCUAUGGAUCUAAAAAUGACUGUUAGGUACUAGGUAGGAUCAAGCUAUAUACAAGGCGGUGUCUCUGCUAGAGUUGAAUCAAUCCUGUAAAUUAAGCCUACAAUUGUUACAAAUCCAUUUAUGAUUAUGAUCAUGAUGUUUUGUCAGAAGGGUCACACCUAACAGAGGCCUAACAAGACAGCCCUGCUUAAUAUGUCGAUAUCCUUUCACCGAAGGCGACGGCAACCCUGACAAAGAUUCAUUAUAGCUGGAGAAGAUGCUAGUGUGAUUGCAUAGCAAUAGAGAGAGAAGCAUGAUGGCAACGAAACGGCGAUAAGGCCAUAAGAAAUAGCUGAGAAACAUGGAGAGAGAUGAUAAAGACGACACCUUGUCUUCUGACUUGUCAUCAUUUCAUUUAUUUUUUCAUGUUGAUAAGAUCACCCUUGAUGUGUGUCACAUCCGCACAACCACCUUUCAAAACCUUAUAAGGGUCCCCAGAAAAAAAAGUCAUAAGGGAUAUUUGAUUUGGCUUUGUUACUUCAGGAGGUGAAGUUUCUGACAAAAUAGGUAGCAGGGUAACAUGCUCCCAAGGUAAAGUAUAUGAGAAAACAAACUUCAUCCUAGAUAGAUCCCCUGGUUUGAUAUUUCAAUAUCUAUUGCCCAUCGACUAAUUAAGGACCACAUUAAAAUAUUCGCUUAGAAAACAGGCCACAUGAUUGCUACUAUGGUGUGUUGCCAAAAGCCACAUACAUAUUGAUAAAACUUAUUCAAGUAAUAAGAUAAAAUAUCAUACUUUUCCUUUGGCUUUUUCUAGUUUUAUGUUUUUUCUCUCCAUAUACUCAUAUAGUGUAGCACAUUUUUAUACUCUACCAUUCCGUGUCAACACGAAACUACCUUUUCCAUUUUUAUGGGUUGUCCAUAUGCGCACAACUAUACUCUGCCGUUCGGUUUUCCAACACCAAAUUACCUUGAAAUUUCUAUACCUGUGUAAUGAUUAUACUAGGAGUAGUCUACACAGUGCUCUGCCUUCAACCUCGAAUUGUGUGGAAAGAGACACGGUUGUUGUAAUAUACUAGUACUCGUAUGAGCCGGAGAUUGGACCUUGGGUACAGCCCAGGCCCCAAUAUCUCUCUCGCUUUGCUAGUUUAAAGUAUGAAAGCACUUUUUUUCAAAAUAAUGACUGCUAUAUUCCUGAUACAAGGACUGUCUGCUGCAUUUUUUGAUCUGCUAUUUAGAUCCAAAACUGCAUAGUUCAUACAGAAGUGGAGGCAAUGUCGCAUAAUCACACAGAUGUCGAUCUGUUUAACAGUAUAAACAUUAGAAUGCGAGAUCAUGGCGCAUCUAAGAUCAGAAAGAUGCUCAUUUUGUAUGUUAAUUUAAUAAAAUAUAGAGGCUCUGUAUAUAUUUAAAUUAAUGAAUUAAUGUGAUGAAGCAGGAGUCUCCACAGCCAUUUUUUGGUGAUAAAAGGAUUACAGUUUUAAAGCGCGUGAGCGUUUCAAUUGAGGGGAAGGGGUAUUGUUUUAUUUUUUUUAAUUUUUACCAAUCUGUAGACUGGACUUUGACAGCAGAUACGUUAAAAGCAGACAAACCAGCAGGAUUCCCGCAUAAUUUAACUCCUCGUUAGGUGUAAAGCUAAUAUAGAUUAGGACGCUGAUUCAGAUCUGAGCUUCAUCUAGCUUUCACGGUGCCCACCAUCCUCUUGAGUCCGAGCUCACACGCAGCAGGGCUCUCAGGAUACUAGCUAAUCACCAUCCUCUUCUUCCCCUAAGAAACUCUAAGCUGGUUGCUUGAUCGGUAGCUUGUUAACAUAAGAAUCUGCUGCUGCUUCUUAAUUGUGUUUAGCCUUUUGUUAAGUUCCAUCAUUCUACUCAGAAAACAUGUUGAAACUAAAUGCUUUCUUUUGUUUCCGGUUGCUGUAUAUAUGCUCUGAUACUAAAGACUGAGCUUCAGGUUCCCCAUAAUUUCCCCAGUGCGCUCACUGCUCACUCUCCAAGUCUCCAUACUCUCUCACUGCAAGAUCCAGCGGACAGGACGAAGUUAAGGUUGCACUUCAUCAACGCAGCAGAUCACCGCCACCCUUUUCCCUCUGCUGCUUCCGCAAACACCGUCAAAGAGGCUGAGCUAUAGCGCAAGCCAAGCAUGGCCCAGGCCGUGAUUGGAGCGAUGGGCACCCUCCUGCCCAAGCUAGCCGACCUAAUCACCAAGGAGUACAGCCUUCAGAGGGGUGUCAGGGGCGAGAUCAUGUUCCUCAAAGCCGAGAUGGAGAGCAUGGAGACAGCUCUCCUCAGGAUAUCUGAGGCGCCAAUGGACCAGCCACCGGACAUCCAAGUUAAGCUUUGGGCCAAGGCGGUGAGGGACUUGUCAUAUGACCUGGAAGAUAGCAUCGACAAGUUCAUGGUGCGCAUCGAAACCCAUGGCCGACCAGAUAAGUCCCAUAGCUUCAGGAAUUUCAUUGAUAAGAGCCUCAGCCUGCUGACCAAGGGCAAGAUUCGCCACAAGAUCGGCAUCGAUAUCAAAGACAUCAAGAGCCGCAUCAAGGAGGUCAGCGAGCGCCGUGAUAGGUACAAGGUUGACAGUGUGGCCGCUACCAAGCCACUUGGUCCAACUAUUGAUACCCUUCGCAUGUCAGCCUUGUAUAGAAAGGCUACGGAGCUUGUUGGCACCGACGAGAAGAGCGUUGAGGUAAUCAAGAUGCUGACUGAGGGAGACAUGGUUUCCCAGAAACAGCUGAAGGUGGUCUCUAUUGUUGGAUUUGGUGGAUUAGGAAAGACAACCCUUGCUAAUGCCGUCUAUGAGAAGCUGAAAGUGCAAGAAGAUAAUCAAGAACUGCAAUUCGAUUGCUCGGCUUUUAUUUCCGUGUCUCUUAAUCCUAACAUGGAGCAGAUUUUCAGGAGCUUGCUCCAUCAACUUGACAAGCAUAGGAUUCAAAACACCAAUGAGGCAUUGUGGGGCGAAGAACAACUCAUCCGUGAAAUAAGAACAUUUCUUGAAAACAAGAGGUACUUGAUUGUUAUUGACGACGUAUGGGAUAAGUCCGUCUGGGAAAACAUCAAAUAUGCGUUGAUUGAGAAUGAAUAUGAAAGUAGAGUAAUCACAACAACUCGCAUCCUUGAUGUUGCCCAGCAAGCUGGUGGUGUCUACCGGCUGAAUCCUCUUUCUGUUGUGGACUCAAGAAAGUUGUUCUAUCAAAGAAUAUAUGAUAUGGAGAACAAGUCACCACCUAGUCAAUUGGUUGAAGUAUCUGAGAACAUUUUAGAAAGAUGUGGGGGUGUGCCGCUAGCUAUCCUUACAAUAGGUAGCUUGCUGUCCAACAAAAAGGGAAGAGCACAUACACUUGAGUAUUGGUCCAAGGUGCAGAAAUCUAUUAGUUCAGGGCUAGACAAUAAUCAUGAUGAUGUGAAGAACAUGAGAAGGAUAUUAUCAGUCAGUUAUUCUAACCUACCACCACACCUAAAGACUUGUUUACUGCAUCUUAGUCUAUACCCAGAGGAUUAUAAGAUUGCAACAGAACAACUGAUAUGGAAAUGGGUGGGUGAAGGUUUCGUGAAAAAAGAACAGGGGAAGAGCUUGUAUGAAGUAGGAGGGGAUUAUUUGGAUGAGCUCAUUAAUAAAAGUUUGGUUCAACCUGCAAAAUUUGACAAUGCAAAUCAAGUGUGCUCUUGUCAUGUACACGAUAUGGUGCGUGACCUCAUCAUUUCCUUGUCAAGUGAUGAGAAUUUCCUAACAAGAAUAGGUGAUCCGCAACCAGAGUAUCUACCAAGUAAGAUCCGCCGACUGUCCAUCCAGACCUGCAUUCCAGAAGUUGUUAAUCAAUUGUCAACCAUGGGACUGACCAAUGUGAGGUCACUUACUGUGUCUAGUCCAGCUUUCAGUUUGUUGCCAACACUUUCGGGUUUUCCAGUCCUACGUGUAUUGGAUUUAACAUUCUGCAUGCAAGUGGAUAAUAAUAAUUGGAAGGAUAUUUGCAGUUUGUUUCACUUGAGAUAUCUGAGUUUAAAGGGAACGUCUAUCACCAGGAUCCCGAAAGAGAUUGCAAAUCUGCAAUUUCUGCAAGUGCUGGACAUCAGCUCGUGCACUGAAAUAGAAGAAGAGCUGCCGUCAACCUUUAUUCAACUAACACAACUAUUGUUAUUCCACAUGGCUGACAGCAUCACUUGUGCAGUACCUAGGUGGAUGUGUUCCAUGUCUUUCCUCUUCUCUCUUAGUAUCAAACUUGAAACAAUGGGAGAAGAAGACCUUCAAGUACUUGGGAACAUACCGUCUCUCAGUGAACUGUACAUACAAGUGCAGAAACCUACACAAGGUAGAGACAAACGGUUGGUCAUUGACAAUGCUUAUCCAUUUCGGUGUCUAAAGAGGUUUAGUGUCAAGGGUGACACCAUGGAGUUGAAGUUUGCACGGGGAGCCAUGCAAAGUCUACAGACCCUCCUGUUAGUUUUAGAUAAUGUGCAUGACACAUUCUCUCAGUUUGGUGAUCUUGUAUUUGGUUUAGAGAAUAUCUCUUUGCUUGAGCAUAUUGUUGUUGAGUUCCCCUUCGACGAAGAAGACAGUGAUGAGGAGACUCAAAUGCUGAGAAAUGUUGUUCAGAAAGAGGUUGAGAUGAAUCAAAACAAGCCCAUACUAACUUUCACACAAACAGAUGCCGUUGACGAACAUGCUGAGGAAUUCAUCAAGAGAUUCUAUUUACAGCUGAAGAAGCAGAAGAUAGAAACAUUCACCCAGUAUCUCGAUUCACUAGGAAACUAGAGAUAAGAGGUUGCUGUGGAAGCUUAAAUAAACCUGUCUUUGCUUCUGGAAAUGAAGCCACUGAUCUUGAGGAGAUAGCCACAGGGCUCAGCUGAAGCAGUCUAACAUGCUCCUGUUCCAACAUUCAGACGGCAGAAUUGAAAUUUUCCAAGUUCAAAUUGAUUUGGCUUCUGGUUGGCGAUGUUGAAAAUACACCAUAGAUUAUUAUAUUUUCCUAUGUUUGCGAAUUAUUGGAUAAUAUGUCGUCUUACUACUUGAAUAUCUUGUCAAUAUUUAUUAGCAAGCACAUGACUUGUAAACCCUAUAUCUCUCUCUAAGAUUGAUAUUUUAUAGUGCUACACUACAGGGGAAAAAAAUAAAGCCGAGUAUGAAACAUACUCGGGGAAGACAACACUCGGCUAUA